CCUGAGUCCCGGUGAAUUUUCUACCGGGUAUGGAUGUGCUAUAAGGAAUUUCAGUGUGAAUUAGUGAACAUCGUACAUCAGUGCGGUUUGAAACCGAGAAACCUCCAUGGAGGCACCAAACGAUCACUAUACAUUGUAGCAAUGCUGCCAUUCCAGGAACAUUUUCAGUUAUGAGUGGUAUUGUCGAAUCGUGCCCAACAAACCUUACAGAAGUCCUCGCGGCAUCAGCGAGACUAAACUGUAGUAAAGACGGGUUUGGAAAUGACCAGUAUGAAUGUCUUCCUAACUCCAAGAAGACUGGACUUGUGGAAUUCUGUCAUGAAGGAGGCAUUCCGUUGGUAGUAGAUGGUUAUUGUUUGGAGACAGAAGGGGGCCAGUUGUACUACAGCAAAUGUCAACACUUCAUCAAUGGUUGUCCGAGUAAGCCGUACCUUGCCAAUGAUAUAUACAAAUAUCCCGCCUGUCUGAAUAUCAACACAGAGAGCCAGUGUUUUCUUGCUGAUCCAUCAUGUCCCAAUAUGACCACAACAUUCACUACCAAAGACAUAAUGGACACUACAUCCACCUACCCGGGCUUCUCUAACACAACUGUGAAUACUCUCUAUAACACGACCACAUCCAUAGAAGAUGCACCUGAUGUAGGGGUAGUUGUGGGAGGUGUGUUGGCCGGAGUGUUUAUCACAGCCCUGCUGAUUUUAGUGUGCGUUGUCUACAGAAGGUGGAGAAGGAGAAAUCAACCAACUGAGAAAGGAAACGACGAAGAAUCCCAACCACUUACAUCAAUGGACGAACAGAGAGCUGGAUAUGAAGAAAACAGUAACCCUCCUGCUGGAAAGGACGAAGAAUCCCAACCACUUACAUCAAUCGGCAAACAGAGAGAUGGAUAUGAAGAAAACAGUAACCCUCCUGCUGAGUCAACGAAACCUGAAGAUAAAGAAGAUAGUGUCCCUAAUGAAGAGUCACAGAAACCUGACGAUAAAAAGGAAAGUGUCCCUGAUGAAGUAGAGAAAGAAAUCAUGAAGCAAGGAAUUGAUUUCCUAUUAAAUUUGUCCCCAAAACAUCGGAAGUAUCACAAGGGCAUAGCACAGAGGUUGAAAGUCCCUGUAGAAGUUCUUGGAAUGCCAAACGCAGACAUUCAAUCCUUUAUCAGAAACUACAAAAAAGGGAACACAAAAGUAUACUGCGGCCGUGGAAUGGUGGUAGGUUGCUUCGAGGCAGGAAAGACAACUCUGGUGAAGAAAUUGAAGGGAGAAGAUGUAUCUCAACCACCAGAAUCCACAAGAGGAUUAGAAGUUCAUACAAAUAUUUUUAUUGUGAAUGAAGACGGAACUAGUUUGACGGUGAACAAGGAUAAGAAAAAUGAAGAACCUUUGCAAAUAAUUCUGGAAACAUCUGGGAGUGAAGUUCAAAAGACUUCAUUGAAAGCUGAACAUUCAAUUCCAAAAGCUGAUGAAGAAAACCCGGGUACAAUUAUCCCACCAGCAAUGAAUUAUACAGAACCUUCAGCACAAAAACACGAAAAGAAAUAUGAUUUGCCUGGUCCUGCCUCUGAAAAGCCGAAUGAUAUAUUUAGUAAAGUUGAGCAAAAAUCUUCCAACACUGGAAAAAAUCCUGUUAAGCAUCCCAUAAAAGAUCAGAUUACAGACAGUGUUAAGAAUAAAACAGAUGAAAAUCAACAAAGUCUGACAUAUGACAAAGGUCGUAUUCUACCUAGUGUCAGUGAUAAACCGAAAAAGACGAUAAGUUUGUUGGACUUUGCUGGUCAAGAUGCUUAUUACGCUUGUCAUCACAUUUUCUUAAGCCCGAGGACUUUUUACAUCCUAGUUACGGAUAUGUCUAAGAUAUUGACCGAAAAACCAACCAACGCUCAUCAGAAAAAGGAUCUCAUAUUCAGGGACUGGACUUACCAGGAUUACAUCAACCACUGGCUGGGUUCAAUCCACACAUACAGUUCGAAAACAGCUCCAGUCAUUUUGGUUCAAUCGCAUUCAGAGACAAAAGAAGAGAGAGAGAACGGCUACUUAUUGGAUUUACUUAGUGGUGUACCAAAUGAAUUACACUGCCAUCUAAGCCAGGAGAGGGUAUUUAAAGUAGAAAAAGACUAUGACAAAAAUAUGAAUCAAAUCAAAUCAAGCAUGUUAAAAGUGGUUAUGGAUAAAAGGCACUGGGGAGAGACCAUCCCUACAUCGUGGGUUCAUCUAAAGGCACUUUUAAUGGAAAUCAAAAAAGGACAAAAGGUUUUGCAAAAGACAGUCCUCGGGGAUACUUUGUCAUCUAAAUCAGAUCAACAAACCUUGAAAUUUGAAGGGGAAGAAGAUAUGACGACAGCACUGAAAUUCUUUAAUAACAUUGGCGUUAUUCUCUUCACCACUUCCUCAGAGUCCAUCAUUCUUGACGUACAAUGGUUUGUGAAUGCCUUCAAGCACAUCAUCACAGAUGAAAGUCACGCAAAGCGGGAUAUAGCAAAAAAUUUCAAAGAUUGGAAUAUAUUCAAUAAGAAUGGAAUUUUGCCAAAGAAACUUGUGACACAAAUAUGGAAGUUGGAUAUUUGCAAGGAAUUCAAGUACAUGGAAUACACGAAGGACUUAAUUUGUCAUAUGAUCAACCUUGGGAUGAUUGUUGAAAUGGAAAAGGAUGAAAAAUACUAUGUUCCGUGUAUGAACAAACAAAAAUAUGACAUAAGUGUCUUAAACAAAUGUAUUUGUUCUUCCACUCUCUGCUUCAUAUUUCAAUAUCUACCAUUGGUAAUUUUCCAUCGCUUAGUCGCUAGAUGCAUGUCAAAAGAAGGCUGGAGAAUAUGGAAAGGCAACGAUCAGACGGAGACCCCUAAAACAAGAUAUUGCUUGUUUCACACUGCUGCCAUACUACAAGACAAAGAUGGGCUCAAAAUUCUAAUAGGGAUAUCAGAAAACAAAGAUAAAACACUUACAUAUCCUUAUUCCAUAGAAAUACAGGGAUUUGUUUUCCAAAGUGAAGAGAUGCAAGCACAGUUCACAAGAAGGAAACGAGAAAAAAUAAUAGAUCAUAUAAACGAUUUAACUUCAUGUUUUGGAGCAAAUUAUGACAGGACCUACAGGAUUGGAUAUAGGUGUUCAAUCGCCCCAUUUUCUGACACUCCGACUUCCCAUAUUAUUCUCGAGACUGCAGAUGAAUGUACACCGUGCAGGAAACCCGUAGAUAUCAACCACCUGAGAUCAUUUUGGAUGGUUGACGCUGCAUCGGAAGAUAACGCAGUCGACAAUAAUGAAGAGAAACACAAGAAAAAUGUGGACCAAGACACUGUAGCACAGCGGACCAUAGAACACGCUGACAAACCCAACAAGUCACAGAAACCUAACGAUAGAGAGGACAGUGUCCCUGACCAAGGAAAUGGAGGAUAUACCAGAUCUCAACAAACACUACCUAAUCAGAAACAGGACCACGAUAAUGGAGAAGAAGGACCUAAUAUAUUACACGAAGCCUGCAAAACUGGGGUUCUAGACACGUGUGAAUAUCUUAUCCAAACAUACCCUGACCUUCUGCACAGUGUAGAUAAUGAUGGAUGGAAUGCUGCUCUACACGCCGCUACAGGAGGAAACGUUAAAAUUCUACAACUACUGGCAGAUAAUGAAGUAGACGUAAAACAUCAAGCCAAUAACGGCUGGAACAUUCUAAACGUGGCAUGUGUCAACGCUGACUUAGAAAUGAGUCGUUAUAUCAUCCAAACAUACCCUGCCCUUCUACACAGUGUAAAUAAUGAUGGAUGGAAUGCUGCUCUACACGCCGCUAGAGGAGGAAACGUUAACAUUCUACAACUACUGGCAGAUAAUGAAGUAGACGUCAAACAUAAAAACAAUGACGGCUGGAACAUUCUUCACGUGGCAUGUGGCAACUCUAACUUAGAAAUGAGUCGUUAUAUCAUCCAAACAUACCCUGACCUUCUACACAGUGUAGAAAAUUAUGGAUGGAAUGCUGCUCUACACGCCGCUAGAGGAGGAAACGUUAAAAUUCUACAACUACUGGCGGAUAAUGAAGUAGACGUCAAACAUAAAGCCAUUAACGGUUGGAACAUUCUUCACACGGCAUGUAGGAACGGUGAAUUAGAAAUGAGUCGUUAUAUCAUCCAAACAUACCCUGAUCUUCUACAUAGUGUAGAUAAUAAUGGACAGAAUGCUGCUCUACACGCCGCUAGAGGAGGAAACGUUAAAAUUCUACAACUACUGGCAGAUAAUGAAGUAGACGUCAAACAUAAAGCCAAUAACGGCUGGAACAUUCUUCACGUGGCAUGUGUCAACGCUAACUUAGAAAUGAGUCGUUAUAUCAUCCAAACAUACCCUGCCCUUCUACACAGUGUAAAUAAUGUUGGGUGGAAUGCUGCUCUACACGCCGCUAGAGGAGGAAACGUUAAAAUUCUACAACUACUGGCAGAUAAUGAAGUAGACGUCAAACAUAAAGACAAUGACGGCUGGAACAUUCUUUACGUGGCAUGUGUCAACUCUAACUUAGAAAUGAGUCGUUAUAUCAUCCAAACAUACCCUGACCUUCUGCACAGUGUAGAUAAUGAUGGAUGGAAUGCUGCUCUACACGCCGCUAGAGGAGGAAACGUUAAAAUUCUACAACUACUGGGAGAUAAUGAAGUAGACGUCAAACAUAAAGACAAUAACGGUUGGAACAUUCUUCACGCGGCAUGUGUCAAGGCUAACUUAGAAAUGAGUCGUUAUAUCAUCCAAACAUACCCCGACCUUCUACACAGUGUAGAUAAUGAUGGAUGGAAUGCUGCUCUACACGCCGCUAGAGGAGGGAACGUUAAAAUUCUACAACUACUGGCAGAUAAUGAAGUAAACGUUAAACAUAAAGACAAUAACGGCUGGAACAUUCUUCACGUGGCAUGUGUUAACUCUAACUUAGAAAUGAGUCGUUAUAUCAUCCAAACAUACCCUGCCCUUCUACACAGUGUAGAUAAUGAUGGAUGGAAUGCUGCUCUACACGCCGCUCGAGGAGGAAACGUUAAAAUUCUACAACUACUGGCAGAUAAUGAAGUAGACGUCAAACAUAAAGACAAUGAGUACUCAAACAUUCUUCACGUGGCUUGUGUCUACCCUAACUUAGAAAUGAGUCGUUAUAUCAUCCAAACAUACCCUGACCUUCUACAUAGUGUAGAUAAUGGUAGACGGAAUGCUGCACUUUACGCCGCUCGAGGAGGAAACGUUAAAAUUCUACAACUACUGGGAGAUAAUGAAGUAGACGUCAAACAUAAAGACAAUAACGGUUGGAACAUUCUUCACGCGGCAUGUGUCAAGGCUAACUUAGAAAUGAGUCGUUAUAUCAUCCAAACAUACCCUGACCUUCUACACAGUGUAGAUAAUGUUGGGUGGAAUGCUGCUCUACACGCCGCUAGAGGAGGAAACGUUAAAAUUCUACAACUACUGGCAGAUAAUGAAGUAGACGUCAAACAUAAAGACAAUGACGGCUGGAACAUUCUUUACGUGGCAUGUGUCAACUCUAACUUAGAAAUGAGUCGUUAUAUCAUCCAAACAUACCCUGACCUUCUGCACAGUGUAGAUAAUGAUGGAUGGAAUGCUGCUCUACACGCCGCUAGAGGAGGAAACGUUAAAAUUCUACAACUACUGGGAGAUAAUGAAGUAGACGUCAAACAUAAAGACAAUAACGGUUGGAACAUUCUUCACGCGGCAUGUGUCAAGGCUAACUUAGAAAUGAGUCGUUAUAUCAUCCAAACAUACCCUGACCUUCUACACAGUGUAGAUAAUGAUGGAUGGAAUGCUGCUCUACACGCCGCUACAGGAGGGAACGUUAAAAUUCUACAACUACUGGCAGAUAAUGAAGUAAACGUUAAACAUAAAGACAAUAACGGCUGGAACAUUCUUCACGUGGCAUGUGUCAACUCUAACUUAGAAAUGAGUCGUUAUAUCAUCCAAACAUACCCUGCCCUUCUACACAGUGUAGAUAAUGUUGGGUGGAAUGCUGCUCUACACGCCGCUAGAGGAGGAAACGUUAAAAUUCUACAACUACUGGCAGAUAAUGAAGUAGACGUCAAACAUAAAGACAAUGACGGCUGGAACAUUCUUUACGUGGCAUGUGUCAACUCUAACUUAGAAAUGAGUCGUUAUAUCAUCCAAACAUACCCUGACCUUCUACACAGUGUAGAUAAUGUUGGGUGGAAUGCUGCUCUACACGCCGCUAGAGGAGGAAACGUUAAAAUUCUACAACUACUGGGAGAUAAUGAAGUAGACGUCAAACAUAAAGACAAUAACGGUUGGAACAUUCUUCACGCGGCAUGUGUCAAGGCUAACUUAGAAAUGAGUCGUUAUAUCAUCCAAACAUACCCUGACCUUCUACACAGUGUAGAUAAUGUUGGGUGGAAUGCUGCUCUACACGCCGCUAGAGGAGGAAACGUUAAAAUUCUACAACUACUGGCAGAUAAUGAAGUAGACGUCAAACAUAAAGACAAUAACGGCUGGAACAUUCUUCACGUGGCAUGUGUCAACUCUAACUUAGAAAUGAGUCGUUAUAUCAUCCAAACAUACCCUGACCUUCUACACAGUGUAGAUAAUGUUGGGUGGAAUGCUGCUCUACACGCCGCUAGAGGAGGAAACGUUAAAAUUCUACAACUACUGGGAGAUAAUGAAGUAGACGUCAAACAUAAAGACAAUAACGGUUGGAACAUUCUUCACGCGGCAUGUGUCAAGGCUAACUUAGAAAUGAGUCGUUAUAUCAUCCAAACAUACCCCGACCUUCUACACAGUGUAGAUAAUGAUGGAUGGAAUGCUGCUCUACACGCCGCUGGAGGAGGGAACGUUAAAAUUCUACAACUACUGGCAGAUAAUGAAGUAAACGUUAAACAUAAAAACAAUAACGGCUGGAACAUUCUUCACGUGGCAUGUGUCAACUCUAACUUAGAAAUGAGUCGUUAUAUCAUCCAAACAUACCCCGACCUUCUACACAGUGUAGAUAAUUAUGGAUGGAAUGCUGCUCUAUACGCCGCUAGAGGAGGGAACGUUAAAAUUCUACAACUACUGGCAGAUAAAGGAGUAGACGUCAAACAUAAAAACAAUCAAGGGAAGAACAUUCUUCACACGGCAUGUCUCACCGCUAACUUAGAAAUGAGUCGUUAUAUCAUCCAAACAUGCCCUGACCUUCUGCACAGUGUAGAGAAUGAUGGAUGGAAUGCUGCUCUGAACGCCGCUCAAAGUGGAAACGUUAAAAUUCUACAAUUACUGGCAGAUAAAGAAGUAGACGUCAGACAUAAAGCCAAUAACGGUUGGAACAUUCUUCACGCGGCAUGUAGGAGCGGUGAAUUAGAAAUGAGUCGUUGUAUCAUCCAAACAUACCCUGACCUUCUACACAGUGUAGAUAAUGAUGGACGGAAUGCUGCAUUCUACGCCGUUCGAGAAGGACAUGUUAAGAUUAAAAAAUUACUGACCGAGCAUGGAGUGAAAACUUAAGAAAACUAGCAUAAGUUUUAAGGGUUUUUUCCCCUUUGGAUUGAGAGUGAAUACUGCUUAGGGUAAAACCCAUGUUAGUACAAAAGUAAUAACUGUUCAAUAAUGAACCUCUCUUUUAUAGAAGAACCUAAACGUUUGCUCAGAGGGUAUAAAGUAUUAUGGAAGUACACGAGAAUUAGCGCCGCACAUCAAAUUAAUUCGCAUCACGUGACUUUUUCGAUUUAAUAAAACUUUAAGAUCAGUUUUUUCGUUCGAUUUCUUAAUUAUACGAAAUUGUUUAUAGUCUAAUAAACAUAUCAGAGUGCUUCAA